UCAGCUCCAAGGAAGAAAGGAGGAACUGCCCCAACCGCAUGUGACACUACCAGUAUGCUGCAAAACCUUGCUGCUAUGUGACUCCUUGGUAUUAUUUAGCUGCUUCUGGACUUGGUUAGAAGUAAUGUUAGAAAGCUUGUAAUUACACACGGUGUUUUGGGGGGUGCAGGGUGCUUUCGGAAAGGUGCCAGUGGGUUCGGAAGUGGAGCGUGGCAGCGAAAAGGGAAAAGGUUUUUUUCUUUGCUGUUUGAUACAAGAUAGCUUGCCACGACAGGGCUGACGUAGAAUAUGGCGGAGCAUCACCUGGUUUCCGACAACAAACACAAAUCCUCACUGAACUCCGGAGCGUCGUACUCGGGGAACGGGAGCAGCAACACGGCAGUGGCAGAGAGCGGUUGCAGCGCCGCAGCCGGAGGUGGAGGUCUGUCCGGCGGCCUGUCGCAGCCGGCGGGGUGGCAGUCACUGCUGUCUUUCACCAUACUGUUUCUGGCCGGGCUGGCCGGGUUCAGCGCCAGGCUCUUUGCUGUCAUCCGCUUCGAAAGCAUCAUCCACGAGUUUGACCCUUGGUUCAACUACAGGUCAACUCACCAUCUCACUACCAAUGGCUUCUAUGAGUUCCUCAACUGGUUUGACGAAAGAGCCUGGUACCCUCUGGGCAGGAUAGUAGGAGGCACGGUUUACCCAGGCCUGAUGGUCACAGCGGGUCUCAUCCAUUACAUUCUCAACCUGCUGCACAUCACCGUCCACAUCCGGGAUGUUUGUGUGUUCCUGGCUCCGGUGUUCAGCAGUCUGACCUCCAUCUCCACAUACCUGCUCACCAAGGAGCUGUGGAACCAGGGGGCGGGGCUGCUGGCAGCCUGCUUCAUCGCCAUCGUCCCCGGCUACAUUUCCCGCUCUGUGGCUGGCUCCUUUGACAAUGAAGGCAUCGCCAUCUUCGCCCUGCAGUUCACCUACUACCUCUGGGUGAAAUCGGUGAAGACGGGAUCUGUUUUCUGGACCAUCGGAUGCUGCCUCUCCUAUUUUUACAUGGUGUCUGCUUGGGGUGGAUACGUGUUCAUCAUCAACCUGAUUCCACUUCAUGUAUUUGUCCUGCUGCUCAUGCAGCGCUACAGUAGGAGAGUCUACAUAGCCUACAGCACAUUCUACAUCAUCGGCCUGGUGUUGUCCAUGCAGAUCCCUUUUGUGGGCUUUCAGCCAAUCAGGACCAGUGAACACAUGGCUGCUGCAGGAGUGUUUGUGCUGCUGCAGGUCUACGCCUUUCUGCAGUACCUGAAGGACAGACUCACCAAGCAGGAGUUCCAGACUCUGUUCUUCCUGGGAGUCUCUCUGGCUGCUGGAGUGGUUUUUCUCUGCGUCAUCUACCUGACAUACACAGGUUACAUUGCUCCAUGGAGUGGGCGCUUCUACUCCCUGUGGGAUACUGGCUAUGCUAAGAUCCACAUUCCCAUCAUAGCAUCAGUAUCGGAGCAUCAGCCCACCACCUGGGUGUCCUUCUUCUUUGACCUUCACAUCCUCGUCUGCACCUUCCCAGCAGGCCUCUGGUUCUGCAUUAAGAACAUAAAUGAUGAGCGUGUCUUUGUGGCCCUGUAUGCCAUCAGCGCUGUUUACUUCGCUGGCGUUAUGGUGCGGUUGAUGCUCACUCUGACUCCGGUGGUGUGUAUGCUGUCGGCGGUGGCUUUCUCCAGCGUCUUCGAACACUACCUGGGAGACGACAUGAAGAGGCAGAGCCCGCCUGCAGAGGACAGCAGCGACGAGGACGACAGGAAGAACGCUGGAAACCUCUACGACAAGGCCGGUAAGGUGCGUAAACAUGUGUCGGAGCAGGAGAAGGCUGAGGAGGGCCUGGGCCCCAACAUCAAGUCCAUCGUCACCAUGCUGAUGCUGAUGCUGCUUAUGAUGUUCGCUGUCCACUGCACCUGGGUCACCAGCAACGCCUACUCCAGCCCCAGUGUAGUACUCGCAUCAUACAAUCACGAUGGGUCGCGUAACAUCCUGGAUGACUUCAGAGAGGCGUACUACUGGCUGAGGCAGAACACAGACGAGCACGCCAGAGUGAUGUCAUGGUGGGACUACGGCUACCAGAUAGCAGGCAUGGCCAAUAGAACCACGCUGGUGGACAACAACACCUGGAACAACAGUCAUAUAGCACUGGUGGGCAAAGCCAUGUCAUCCAAUGAGACGGCAGCCUAUGAAAUCAUGAGGUCACUGGAUGUUGACUAUGUCCUGAUCAUCUUCGGGGGGGUGAUUGGCUACUCAGGGGAUGACAUCAACAAGUUCCUGUGGAUGGUGCGCAUUGCAGAGGGGGAGCACCCCAGGGACAUCAGGGAGAGUGACUACUUCACCCCCCAGGGAGAGUUCAGAGUGGACAAAGCUGGAUCCCCUACGCUGCUCAACUGCCUCAUGUACAAAAUGUCUUACUACAGAUUUGGAGAAAUGCAGCUGGACUUCCGGACGCCGCCAGGCUUCGAUCGAACUCGCAAUGCUGAGAUCGGCAACAAGGACAUCAAGCUGAAGCACCUGGAGGAAGCCUUCACCUCGGAGCACUGGCUGGUCAGGAUUUACAAAGUGAAGAAGCUGGAGAACAGAGACCCUGUGGAGCACCAGCUGAGAGGCACUGACACCAAGCAGAAAUACACCUCCAAAAAGACAUCCAAGAGGAAGAGGGGAUACAUCAAGAACAAGCUUUCCCUCAAGAAGGGCAAGAAAUUGAGCAAGAAGUCUUUAUAGAAAGCCCCCCACCAACAGAGGCACAUUGUGGACGGGAGAGGAGGAAAAUCUAAAACAAAACUUUCAUCAAAAACAAGCAGCAACUGUAAAUCCACCACCAAGAUAAAUGAGGAACACCAGAGGCUCUGCAGACCCCUGUCAACCCUCACCUGGAGGUCCAGGCUCCUAAUGUUACCAUCAGCUGAGAGAAUGUGUUGACCCCCAGCUGACCUUUGACCUGAUAAGUGGGGUCAGUGCAGAAAAUGGGAGAUCCUACCCACACUGGUUUUAACCUGAGGAACCUUUAACUCACUUUUCUUUUUGUACUUGAAUGUGAUGAGAGACAGAGAGCUGUCCUCCUUCAGAGGAGCCUGCAGAAACACACCACUGUUCCACCAUGUCCCCAACCCAGCGCUGAAACCUGCUCAAAGUUUGGCCCAGUGAUUUAAGGAUGAAUGAGAUUGAGUUUUCUCCUGGAAAUGGACUAUUCAAAUGUUCAUUGAUAUUCUAUGUAAUGCAGAGGAGAGAAACCCAAACGUAGCACCCUGCUUCUUGAGUUUUUGCCUUUCAGAGAUUGAGUUGGUGCUUGGAUGCUUUAGGAAAGUCGAGGUGUUGGAACAAAUACAGCAGUAUGUUUUUAUGGGUUUCAUUUCCAACUCAUUAUUAAGAGUAUAUGCAUGUACACAUAUGUGCCAACAACAAAAGGCCAUUACUAUUCAUACAGCCUCGUCCUGCUGCGCUCACUCUUAAGCAUUUCUAUCAGGAAAAAUAACAUCGUUAUGGCUCAAGCUCCAGAAACACUUGCUCCUACAUUUCCCACAAUUCAGGCUAGCUGCUUUCAAACUAUAUUUUUUUCAGUCUUUGGAAAGCUUUUUCCUAGCAACAGAAGACAUCACACAAUAUCUAACAGUCCAAAGCUCAUGUUUCUUUCCCUUCAGACUUUGUGUUAGUAAUGCCCAGAGCUCAGCAAUGUCCUAAAUAACCCUUUAUAUGAUAGAAAUGAUUUCUAAAGCUAUGAAUCUACACAACCAGAAAAAUAAUUGAAACUGUGUGAUUGUUAAAGCUGUGUAUGUUGUUGUAAUCUGUAUCAUUCACACGCUAUUGAAGUACACUGAGCUCAGGACAGAGCAGUCCUACGAGACAUCAGUGGGAAUAACAGAUGUGUUUAAGAUGUUCUAUGGGAGGCAGGCAGGUCUACAUCAAUCCUUAAUGAAACACUCAGUCAGAUGAAGACAUCUCUGUGUAGGCAGUGCGAGUUACAUCACUAAAAACUUUAGCAAUGGCAUGUCCACAAGUGUGUGUGUGUGUGCAGUCUGUGUUUGAGCUGUGUUUUUAAUGAUCAAUGUGGCUGCAGGUUUAACGGCCUGUAAGGUAAAUUAAUUAACUAGAUGUGAGCUUAAACAGAUCAUUUCAGUCACUAACACGUGACAGUAUUUUUUGCUGCUAGUAGCAAAUGCUACCGGGAUGGAUGUCCUGCCUGCCAGUGUGAUCAUUAAACACAUUUGAAAUGUAGCUCUGAAAUUUAAAACUAUUGGUGCUUAGGAGCAUUUCAAACACAAUACGAUUGGAGAGCUAACGUAUAUUCCUCCACCCAUACUGUUGUCUGCAGGACUGUCAGUCUGUCACAUUCCCUCAACGUCUCUGUCUUUGAUCCACCACGCUUCACAGGUGCAGUAUCGGCUUCAAACAUGCUUCACUACCACUGAGCAUUUCCUCUUGAAUCUGGAAAAAUGCUCUAAAGUGCUCUGAGCUGUUAGCAGGUUUCCAUUCAUAGGGUGGGAAGUCUUUGUUAUUGGCUGAAUGUCCACUGUUUUAUCUGUAUUUCUGUCAUGCAAUCAGUCUUACAAUUUCCCACAAUAUUUUUGAUUCGAGUGAGAUUUGUUACCUAUAAUUUAAUCUUGUUUCUUGAAUACAUCACAAGAAGCAGAUUUUGAUUCUGUUGUGGUGGUUUUGUCAGAACACCAUUUUCAAUAAACCCAGGUGGAGAGAAUCACAUUGACCUGAACAGGAAAAAAAAUCUCUUCUCAUUUCCAGAGCUCCACAGUCAGUGAGCUUAUUUAUUACAUGGACGCUGGAGGAGCUGGGCAGUGUCCCGUCAGGAAAUGCAAGGCUUUGUUCAGCUUUGAUUUUCUAAGUCAAGUGUUCUUCCUUCAAUUGUAAUGUAGAUGCAGGUGUGAGAAUGAAACUUGCCUUUUUGAAUAAAGAGGUUGAAAUAA